GAGGCGAGGCGGACCGGCAGGAGCGCGCGGCCGGGGCCACGCAUCUCCACACUUGCACAGCAACUCCCGCGCCUUGCACCCCCAUCGCCCGGAGACCCGGACUGGGGGCUCGGAGAGCCUCGGUGAAGCGAACGGGAUCCAGCUCCGGAGCUCGGCCAGCUCCGUUCUGAACCUCCCGGGCGCUGGUUCCCCGCGGCGGGGUACCCGCUUCUGCGCUCCGGACGCGCCUCCCGGACAGCCGGGUCCCCGCGGCCAGGACAAAGCCAUGAAGCCGGCGCUGCUGGAAGUGAUGAGGAUGAACAGAAUUUGCCGGAUGGUGCUGGCCACUUGCUUGGGAUCCUUUAUCUUGGUCAUCUUCUAUUUCCAAAGUAUGUUGCACCCAGUCAUGCGGAGGAAUCCCUUCGGUAUGGACAUCUGCUGCCGGAAGGGCUCGCGAAGUCCGCUGCAGGAGCUCUACAACCCCAUCCAGCUGGAGCUGUCCAAUACUGCCAUCCUGCACCAGAUGAGACGGGACCAAGUGACAGACACCUGCCGGGCCAACAGCGCCAUGAGCCGAAAGCGUAGGGUGCUGACCCCUAAUGACCUGAAGCACCUGGUGGUGGACGAGGACCACGAGCUCAUCUACUGCUACGUGCCCAAGGUGGCGUGCACCAACUGGAAGAGACUCAUGAUGGUCCUGAGCGGCCGGGGCAAGUACAGCGAUCCCAUGGAGAUCCCAGCCAACGAGGCCCACGUCUCGGCCAACCUGAAGACCCUCAACCAGUACAGCAUCCCAGAGAUCAACCACCGCUUGAAAAGCUACAUGAAGUUCCUGUUCGUGCGGGAGCCCUUCGAGAGGCUCGUGUCUGCCUACCGCAACAAGUUCACCCAGAAGUACAACACCUCCUUCCACAAGCGGUACGGCACCAAGAUCAUCCGCCGCCAGCGGAAGAACGCCACGCAGGAGGCGCUGCGUAAGGGGGACGACGUCAAGUUUGAGGAGUUCGUGGCCUACCUCAUCGACCCCCACACACAGCGCGAGGAGCCCUUCAACGAGCACUGGCAGACGGUCUACUCCCUCUGCCACCCUUGCCACAUCCACUAUGACCUCGUGGGCAAGUACGAGACGCUGGAGGAGGAUUCCAACUACGUGCUGCAGCUGGCCGGAGUGAGCGGCUACCUGAAGUUCCCCACCUAUGCAAAGUCCACCAGAACUACCGACGAGAUGACCACGGAGUUCUUCCAGAACAUCAGCGCCGAGCACCAGACGCAGCUCUACGAAGUCUACAAACUGGACUUUUUAAUGUUCAAUUACUCAGUGCCAAACUACCUGAAAUUGGAAUAAAGGGGUGGGGGGGCGGUUGGGGGAGAGAGGGAGAGAAUCCUGCUUUUUAAUUUAAGAUUUUUAUUUGUCAAAAGAAUUCUAUGGAUACUGGGUUAUUUUGUAAGUUAAUAUGUCUCGGGGGGAAUGCUGCGAGCGGCAUGGCAAGAAUUAUUUAAAUCCUCCACGGGAAAGGACAGCUGUCUGCGCAGGGGAGCGGGGUGGAUCGUCCCUGUUCUUUAGAAGUGGAAACCACAACACUGUCUCCAAGGUGUCUUGGUGUCCUGGUGGAUUCCGCAAACUGUGUGUUCCGUGAAGUCUAAUGAUUCUUAUUUAUAGUAAUUUAAACGUGAUCUCUGUAUAGGUUUCUUUCUGUGGCAGCAGACUGCUCGUGUCUUUCUGGAAGAGAAUGUGGUCUGUGCUUUGCUGGCUGUGGCUCGUUUAGGGGGUGUGGUUGUCUCCCCGCUGUCCUCUCCUGGAAUCCCGUGGUGACAGCAGCUGGGAUGUGUGGAUGCCACCAUUCAAGAAACCCUGCUGGAAAUACGUAAAUUGUCCUUGCACUAAGAAGUGGGGCGGGAGCGGUUCACAUGGAUUGCGGGAACCCCAGAGUCCCUGGCAGUAAAGAAAUAGAAAGGUUUUAACCCAAGUAGAGAGUGGAUGGCGGCAGUUUCCGUUCACCAAAAUUACCAAUCUGUAAGAAUAGGCUUCUUGUGGAAAUUUUAAACUGGCACUUUCCAGUUCUGGUGAAAAGUAACUAUUACUUUAUAUUGAUAAAUAUUUAUUGAGCAUCUACUAUUGUCCAGGCUUGCCUGCAGGCAGAACAUUGAAUGAGCCCAGUAACCUUGGCUCUCAGCAAGCUUUAUGUGAACACAGGGCAAACUGCUCAACAGUGAACCAGCCCCUACCCUCACGGUCUUCACGUGAGAUUUGGACUCUUCUCAAGUGGCUCAGAGAGUCUGUGACCCCAACAAAUUUGCAUUUUUCUACAGCUCACAAAUUUGAAAACCACACAUUUGGGUCGGUCCACUUCACUGAGUGACCUAAGUUCAUCGCCCAACACAAGAAAUGGCAGAAACAUUUGAUCAUGUGUGUCUAGCUGCAGUAUCUGGGUAGCAGAAGCCUGUAAGCCUCAGUCUUCUCCAGACGUGAAUGGAGGUGUGUUGAGAUCGAUUAGUGAUGUCUGUUUCGGGUAAGGGAGGGGGAAGUGCCUCCUACAGUGAAGGCCUGUCUACAUCUUCUGCCUGCCACUUAGAAGCAUGCACUGCACAUGUUUGGAGACUGGCGAAAUCAGGCAUGAUGGUCCGAGGUGGACUGUUGGUACCCACAGGCAUAUGCACACCCUUCCAUGUACCUGCUUUGACAGAGCAUCCAGGACAGCUGCCCAGGAUCUUAACCUAUGCUCCCUCUCCUCCAGAACGCUGGAAACUAAUGUUUCCUAUUCCUUGCUGAUCAAUGCCCAGACCUAGUCCUCAUUUCUAGUCAUUUCUGAGGCUGCUCAGUUGACUCAGGAGCUGCAAUCCUGUUACAGCCAGUGUCCGGGUAGGUAGCAGAUGCUGUAUAUAAUAUUUCUCACGAUUGGGGAGGGAGUGGGGUAUAAAUUUUGCUUUUUGUGUUUUAGUUGGUUUCGUUUGUUUGUUUUUGUUUUUGAUGCUGUGUAGAGUGAAGGGGUGA